AUGUUCGACGACUCUUCUUCACAUUGUCUCGUCGGAAAAUUCUUCGCUAACUCAACUCCUCCUCCAUCCUUCUCAGAAACAGAAAAAUCCCUCCGGGAACAAUGGGUCCUCCUCUCCGACGACAUGACCAUAAAAAAUCUAGACGGCGGCGAUACGUUCUUGUUCGAAUUCAGACAAAAGGAUGACAAAGAGAGAGUUCUAGAAACGGGACCUUACUACGUGAACGGAGUUAUCAUAGUGAUCAAGGAUCUAAACUCUUCCGACGUGAUUGAUUUCACCGUGGCUUCCUUCUUUGUCAUGGUCGUCUUUUUACCACGAUAUCUUUGCACUGAAGACUUCCUCCCGACUCUCCAAUCUCUAGUCGGCGGCAACAAUCCCGUUUUAUGCGGAACGUUCCGUAUCAACAGUUUAAUCUGUUUCAGAGUGGAUGUUGACCUCAAGAAGCCACUCAGACCAGGGUUCUACGUAGACGAAGAAAGGCAAAACCGGUUCGUGGAGUUCAAAUACUGGAAACUACUAGGCGAUUUCUGCUACAGCUGUGGAAUGAUUGGUCACGUCAAAGAGAAUUGCGUACAGGUCACGUUACCUAAGGAACGUGCCUUGAACGUCACGUCAAGAACGCACGUCUAUGGCCCUUGGUUAAUAUUUAAUCCCAGGGAAACGCCUUACGAAAUCAAUUUGAUGAAAUCGCCGAGUAGUGUCGGUGACUGCGAGAAGACUCUCUCGUAUCCUCAGUUCUUCGUAGAGGUUGAGUUUAACAGGCUCUACGUCUGCGACUCUAGAACCAGGGCGGAGACAAAGUACACUCACAGGUUUCGUUUCCCAUGUUCUUACCUCGACGAGGACGCAGAGACAGAGUCCACAUAUUUGAUCACUAGUUCGAAAGUGUACGAGGUUUUACGGAGGGAGAUUUGCGAGAACACGCUAUAUCACAAGCCGUUGAACGAAGCUGACUUUCUCGGAAGUCUUGUGGAGCGGUUGAAACUCAUCAAGAAAGAGCAGUUUUGCUGUGACGACAAGUGGUUGACUCUUAAACUUCAAUUAGACCUAAAACUCACAUUGACGCCUGUUGAUUACGAGUCAAUGGUCGCUUGUAAUCGGGAACGGCUGAUGGAGAGUCGGAUAUCGGAUUUGAUCAAGAAGAGAGUGGAGAAGAAAGAGAAUCUGCUUUCUUUGUCCUCUUGGCAAGAUCAAAUCAGAGAAGCGAUAUCUGAGAUGGGUUGCGCUCGUUAUUUGCAUCGCUCUUAUGUGCCUAGACGAGCGACUCAGGCGAUGAUGGAGGCGGUUGAGAUUGAGAUUUCGUCGAGUAGCUGUACGAUACCUGCAGAUAGCUCUACGGUUUCAAGGUUAGAGCGUUUCAAGGUGCUCGGUGACGACAUGGAUCGGCUAGAACCGUGUGUGAUCUGCGUUGAGGAGAUGUUUCUUGCGGAAGAAGCAACCGUUUUGUCUUGCUCUCACGUGUUUCACAGCUCUUGUGUUGGAAAAUGGUUUCAAUUUGGUCACAAGUGUCCGCUUUGUGGUUUCAAGCUCCCUCCACAAAAAUAA